CCCCUCUUUAUCUGUGCAGUCCUUGGCAAUGAGAUAAUGAAACAGCCCAAAUAGAAGACUCUGGUCUCAGAAGAAGCUGUGCUGUGCCUACAAUGGCUUGGACUCCUGGCAUCUUCAUGUUUCUAUUUUACUUGACAGGUUCCUUUUCUCAGUCUAUAUUGACCCAACCACCCUCCAUCUCUGAGUCUCUUGGAUCAACAGCCAGGCUUACCUGCACUCUGAAGAGUGGCAUCAGUGUUGGUAGUAAAAGUAUUUACUGGUACCAGCAGAUGGAGGGGAGUCCUCCUCGGUUUUUCCUGCACUACUACUCAGACUCAAACAACCAGCUGGGUCCUGGAGUCCCCAGUAGAGUCUCUGGAUCCAAAGAUACCUCCAAAAAUGCUGCAAAUUUGCAGAUCUCUGAGCUACAGGAGGAGGAUGAGGCUGUGUAUUACUGUUCUAUCUGGGAAAGUAGUGCUCAUUGGGUGUUCGGUGGAGGCACCAAAGUGACAGUCCUAGGUCAGCCCAGUGCUGCACCUUCAGUCACCCUGUUUCCACCGUCCUCUGAGGAGCUCAAGACCAACCAGGCCACACUGGUGUGUAUGAUCAAGGAAUUUUAUCCAAGUGAUGUGAAAGUGACCUGGGAGUCAGAUGGUAUACCUAUUACCCAGGGUGUGAAGACCACUCAGCCUUCCAAAAGGGACAACAAGUACUUGGCUACCAGCUUCCUGACCAUGACAGCAGAAGCGUGGAAAUCUCGAAACAGUAUCAGCUGCCAGGUCACUCAUGGAGGGACAACUGUGGAGAAGAGUUUGUCCCCUGCAGCAUGUUUCUAGGCCAUUCAACAUUCAUUUUAGGCAGAGAGGCUGGGAUUAGAAUCAUGCAAAAGUAUACCUUUACUACUCUUGCCUACCAAAUUCAUUCUCCCUGCUCCUGAAAUGCACAAUAAAAUAUUCAUUCUCAACCUGUA